AUGCCUAUCCUCUUCAGCUCUUCUGAUGCGUCCUCUUUGAGUGAGAAAGUCCUCUGGGUUGACGAGUAUGUCUCUCGAGCAGAUUCAGGUCUUUUGACUCCUACCACCAAAUCCUUGGGUUUCAAGACCUACAUCCCAAGCAGCGCAAAGGCAGUUUUGCUCCUCGACCCCGUUGAGUAUCUCGCGGCUUUUCGUGGCCAGUUGGCGAAAUCUGCGUGCAGCCAGCAACCUUCUAUUUCGAACGAGCAGCCUCCCGUACCAAUCGAGCAGCAACCUGUUACAACCGAGCUCCAAGCCCAAGAGAAGCAAGAAGCCGAAUCUCUCAUUCGUAAAGCUCUAGGCAUGGCAGAUCCGGUCAUCAUGCAGCCUCCAACCAUCUCCGUCACCAACGGCGACACUAAUCCAAGUCCCGAUCAUACUAACCUUACCACCCGCAAGUCUGCCUCCCUCCACAAAAAUAUUAUCACCAAGCUCCGCCCACUUCCCCUACAAUACGUCUGGUCAGUCUACUACGAAAAGGCAGUCUCGUCGGACACCACCGGAAACGCCAGCACAGCAGCCAACUACACUGACCGCCUCAGCACCCUCGCUUCAUCCGUCCCCGACAUUGGCCAGUUCUACAAGAUCUUCAACAACAUCCCCUGGUCAUCCAUCCAAUCCCGCAACACCGUUCACAUCUUCCGCUCCGGCGUGCAACCUCUCUGGGAAGACCCGGAGAACCUCGACGGCGGCUGCUUCACCCUCAAAGUCCGACGCCAGAACCAAGGAGACGAAAAACCCAAGCGCGUCUGGGAGGAGAUCUGCCUGAUGGGUUGUGGUGGCGAGUUGCAGGCCGCGCUGGCGGAAGCUGGGAUUCGAGAUCAUGUCUUGGGGAUGAGCUUCAGCCCGAGGUUGUAUUGGGUCUGUGUCAGUAUUUGGUUGAAGAAGGGUGAUGAGAAAUCGGCGAGCAUUGUGCAGAAGACGGUGUUGGAGAGGUUGAGUGCUGAGCUGAGGCCUGCGAAUGAGAGUGAGUAUUACUUCAAGAAGCAUUCUGAGCAUCCAGGGUGGGAGGAGGCGGUGGGGAGGAAGAAGGACGACUGA